GGAGCUCAUCACCCAAGAACUCCAAAGUUAAGCGUGCUUGCACGAGAGUAGUCUUGGGAUGGGUGACCCCCUGGGAAGUUUCUUAGGGCGCGCAUGAGUGAGGACAAAGUGUGCGGUAAAGGCUCGUGGUGGUUUGUGAGGACAGUACUAUUGGUCUAGAGUAGCUACCUCGGGUCCUGCGAGGCCGGGGUGUUACAGUGAGCAUCUCCGGAGGGUGGAGCAAAUGAAGGAGGCAAAAGGCGCAGCCGAAGGGGAGGCUGCCCUCCUUAGGAAGAAGCUUGCCGAGGCUGAGGAUUCUCUUCGCCUGGCCACCGACAGCAUGGAGCAGCGGGUGCAAGCUGCAAGGGGCGAAGGCAUGAAUGAGGGCCUGGCCAAGGCCGCCCGCAUCGCUGCUGAGGAAGCCCACGUGGCUCAAGAAGAGGCCGUAUCUAGGGCUCGGGAGGAUGCUGUGGCCGGCUUUACUGCCGAGGGGUGGAAAGCUGAAGAUCAGAAGGAGUGGCUCUCUUCGGUGGUGGGGGCUUCGGUGGAUGACUGGGUUGGAGGCCCCGGCAAGAUGUGGUUUGCUGAGAGGGGCGACUCCUACUACCAAGGCGGGGAGUUCUUCACCCAGCGCCUCAUAUACCGGAAGCUUGCGAGGCAUUUCAAGGUUUCACCGGAGGAGUUCCAUCCCGAGGCUUAUGGCCUCCCCCCUCGGCAGCCAGACGUCAGGAUCCCCGCUCCCCGAAGGAGAAGAGAGGCCGGUGCUCGAGGAUUCGGAGACUCUGAGGGAGUGCGGCCUCGGGGGCGAUGGGGAUGAGGCCGAAAGCGAGGUUGUC